UCCCCUCCCUCCCCAGCCUUCCCCGCGAGCGGACGCGGCAGCGCCUCUGUCUCGCUUUUUCUUAUUUUUCCCCCUUUCCCCUUUCUUUUCUUUUCUUUUUCCCCUUCCCCCCCCUUUCACCAUUUCCCCUCGGAGGCGCUUCCCCCGGGCAGGGGCAGAGCCGGUCUCACCCCCCGCCUCUCCCCGGCCCCCGCCGCCCUAUGGCGAGAGGGAGCCCCCUCCUCACCCAGGCACCAGCGGCGGCGGUUGGAGGAGCGGGACCGGCGGUGGCGGCCUCAGGUCCGGGGUGGUCAUGGAACUAAUUCGCUGACCGACCUUCUGGCCGCAGCCGUGCGUCCCGCUCGAGCGCCAGCUACCGCGCCCCCCCAACCCCGCCGGGUUCCUUCUCUUCUCCCUCCUCUAUCGGCCCGGUCCUAGUCCUGCGCGCCCCCGCCGCUGCGCGAGAGGAAAAUGAGGUGGUAACGGGCCUGCGGAUGACCCCGCGUCACCACUUUGAGGCCUACAGCUCUGCCGGGGAGGAGGAGGAGGAGGAAGAGGAGGAGAAGGUAGCUACAUCAAGCUGGGUGGCAGGCAGAUCCAAAGGAUAUCAUGAAGUUUCCAGGAUCUUUGGAAAACCAGAGAUUGUCUUUCCUAUUGGAAAAGGCAAUCUCUAGGGAAGCCCAGAUGUGGAAGGUGAAUGUGCCGAAAAUAUCUACAAAUCAGAAUGUUUCCCCAUCCCAGAGAGAUGAAGUAAUUCAGUGGCUGGCCAAACUCAAGUACCAAUUCAACCUUUACCCAGAAACAUUUGCUCUUGCUAGCAGUCUUUUGGACAGAUUUUUAGCUACUGUAAAGGCCCACCCAAAAUACUUGAGUUGUAUUGCAAUCAGCUGUUUUUUCCUAGCUGCCAAGACUGUUGAAGAGGAUGAGAAAAUUCCAGUACUAAAGGUAUUGGCAAGAGACAGUUUCUGUGGGUGUUCCUCAUCUGAAAUUUUGAGAAUGGAGAGAAUUAUUCUGGAUAAAUUGAAUUGGGAUCUUCACACAGCCACACCAUUGGAUUUUCUUCACAUUUUCCAUGCCAUUGCCUUGUCAACUAGGCCUCAGAUACUUUUCAGUUUGCCCAAAUUGAGCCCAUCUCAACAUUUGGCGGUCCUUACCAAACAACUACUUCACUGUAUGGCCUGUAACCAACUUCUGCAAUUCAAAGGAUCCAUGCUUGCUCUGGCCAUGGUUAGUUUGGAAAUGGAGAAACUGAUUCCUGAUUGGCUUCCUCUUACAAUUGAACUGCUUCAGAAAGCACAGAUGGAUAGCUCCCACUUGAUCCACUGUCGGGAGCUUGUGGCACAUCACCUCUCUACUCUGCAGUCUUCCCUGCCUCUAAAUUCCGUUUAUGUCUACCGUCCCCUCAAGCACACCCUGGUGACCUGUGACAAAGGAGCAUUCAGAUUACAUCCCUCCUCUGUCUCAGACCCAGAUUUCUCCAAGGACAACAGCAAGCCAGAAGUGCCAGUCAGAGGUACAGCAGCCUUCUACCAUCUUCCAGCUGUCAGUGGGUGCAAGCAUACCUCUGCUAAGCGCAAAGUAGAGGAAAUGGAAGUGGAUGAUUUCUAUGAUGGAAUCAAACGGCUCUAUAAUGAAGAUAGUGCUUCUGAAAAUGUGGGUUCUGUGUGUGGCACUGAUUUAUCAAGGCAAGAGGGACAUGCUUCCCCUUGUCCACCUUUGCAACCUGUUUCUGUCAUGUAGUUAGCUUUCAGUGCAAACUAAGGUUGACUGUUCUGGGAAUCAGAAUAUGCAAAACCAGGAAAGUCUGUAGAGGGCUGUGUAUCUUAUCCAGCUGGUUUGAAGUGAGCCAGGAAAAAGUUUCUUUUUUUUCUUUAAUUUCAUUUACUUGUGCAGCUAAUUAAAUUUUUUAAAGGCCUAUAAACACAAAAGAUCCAAAAUAUUUUUUAAAAGUUAAAAAAAAAAAAAAAACUUCUUUGUAGUAUACCAGUUUCACUUUUCUCUGCUAAAAUGUAGUUUGCCCCAUGUCAAAAAUUACACCCUUAAUGUUCCGAAAAAGUUCUAAAACUCUAGCAACUGUGUUCCUGUCAUCCUGAUUUAAAUUGUAUUGCUUUUGCUUGCUUCUCCACUGAAUAUUUAACAAAUUUUAUGUUCAUCUCUAUCUUCUGACUUCACUGAAUAGGUAACCCUGAAUUUUUUUUUUUAACCAGUUUAAUUUAGUAUGGCAGCCAUGUACAAUUCAUGAUUCAACUCCAGUUAAUCUGAAAAGGGUACUUUGGAAUUAUCCCAUAUGAAUCAGGUGGUAGUAGGAAAAAGUUCUCAUGUUACCACAUGAUUUUUUGAUCUUAUUUCAAUUUUUAGAGUUUAAAAACAAAGUAACUUCAUUUUUGUUUAAAGUGAAGCUUGAAAUGGCAUGUAAUUAAGACAGAUUUGUUGAAAGCAUUUUUGACAGUUGUAUAAAAGAAUUUGUGAUAAAGUUAAUAUAUCCCGGUGCUUACCAAAGAAACAUGUAUGUAACCUAUAAUUAGAUUUUUUUGGUAACUGAUUUGUUUUCACUCACUGAUAAUCAGUAGGAGAGACUGUCUAGAUAUUGGGGCAGCUCUAAUGAUUUGAGUCUUGUAAUAUGUAAUAACUGAAUUUAGUACCCUACUUUUAUGUUAAGCUAUUAGGACUUUCUUGAUAAAAGUUAUUCUCCUCUCCCCCACCCCAAUAUACCUAUGUUUUUCUUAACUUCUGGAUCCUGAGCUCCCUUCACAGUCUGAAGAAAGUAUUACAGCCAGAACCAUGUACUGAUGAUAAAAAGCCUCUGGAAGCAAUAAAAAGUUGUCCUUAA